GCCGCCGGCGCACCCGCCGCCACUCCAGCGGGCUCCGCAGGCGCGCGCGCCCACCCGGGACCCCGAGCGACCCGCCGGCGAUGGCGGGGAAAGCCCACAGACUGAGCGCCGAGGAGAGGGAGCAGCUGCUCCCAAACCUGCGAGCCGUGGGGUGGAACGAGGUGGAAGGGAGAGACGCCAUCUACAAGGAGUUCCACUUCAAGGACUUCAAUCGGGCCUUCGGCUUCAUGACCAGAGUAGCCCUACAGGCAGAGAAACUGGAUCACCACCCGGAGUGGUUCAACGUGUACAAUAAGGUUCAUAUCACCUUGAGCACCCACGAGUGCGCAGGCUUAUCCGAGCGAGACAUCAAUUUGGCCAGCUUCAUAGAGCAAGUUGCAGCUUCUCUAUCCUGACUGCAGAGGAACACAUAAAGCCCCAAAUCAACCCAAAUCGACAGCCCGCGUCUCGCCCAGACGGCUGCACCCAGAGCCUUCGCCCCGCUCCAAGCUACUGCCGGAGGCAGGCGGCGUUCGCCGCCCAAAACCGUAACCCUCAAGCAGUGUUAGAAGCAGGCAUGCGAUCUCACCCCUAUUGUAACGGGCCUUUGCGUGGAGAACCGGGCACAAACGUUUACAAUAAAGCUCCCAGUUAACCCGA